CUCCUCUUUCCUCGUCCCCUUUUUUUCUGCCCCACCCCACCCCCCCAGGGAUAUAUAAACUGGACUCUACCUGCAAGCCCUCCGCUUCUAGUUCAACCCACCGGGCAAAUGUCACUGAGGCUCCUCCCGGCCCGUCGUCUGCAACAACCCAUUCGCUACCACUCGCGGACGGUCCUUGUUGCAAAUAGCCUUUCGACCAUGGCAUCCAUAGUGGGACAGAACGGUGGAAAUGGGCACCGCGGGGUUGCUGAGAGAGUUCUGGUUAUCAUGAGGGGCGCACCGGGGUCAGGCAAGUCAACGGAAGCACGGCGGCUUCUGCAAACCUUCAGCGACACUAUCAACGGCCAACAACCCACCGGCCAAAUCCUCAGCACCGACGACUACUUCAUCUCCCCCCAAACCGGCGCCUACGAAUUCAACCCAUCCCACCUCACCCACGCCCACACCUGGAACCAAUCCCGCGCCCUCGCUGCCCUCGACCGGGGUAUAUCCCCCGUAAUCAUCGAUAACACCACCAUGCAGGCCUGGGAAGCGCAGCCGUACGUCGCUGCGGCGGUCGAGAGGGGCUAUACGGUGAAGAUUGUGGAACCCACGACGGGGUGGUGGAUGGAACGGGAUGUGGAUGCGAUGGCGGAGAUGAAUACGCAUGGGGUUGGGAGGGAGGCGAUUGCGAGGAUGCUGGGGAGGUUUGAGGAAGGGCUGGAUGUGGAGGCGAUUUUGAGGGCGAGGAAUCCGUGGGAGAACUCGAGGGAUGUGCGGAGGCCUUCGCCGCCGGUUGUGGCGUCGCAGGGGUGGGAGAACCAUCGGUCGCCAAGUCCGUAUAAUAAUAGGCAGCGGCCUUAUGUGCGGCCUGCUCAGCGUCCUCCACCAAAAGCAAAACAACUGUUUAUGUUCUCUACGACUGCCGCGAGCGCGGUUGAUGUUGCGGACGCAGAUGCAAGGCUUGAGGCGUGGAUUGAGGAGGUCAAGUCGAUACGACUCGUAGAUCACGAUCAGAUAGCGCCUGGACACGGACACCUGCUGACAUUGACGCUCCAGGGCGGUCACUUAAACGGACCCGGUCAACCAAACGGAACAAUAGGUUCCACCUCAAUGCCUGCUACAACCCCACCCAUCCCCACGCUCGGCACCCCCAUCCCCCCCGCCUUUCACCUCGCCUUCUUCCCCCCCCACAUCCCUGAACGCCUCCUCGCCCCGGACGGCUACGACACCCACUUCGCUCCUCCCCACCCCUACAUCCAACGCAUGUGGGCCGGCGGCUCCUUCACCUUCAACCCUCACAACCCGCUCCGCUACACGACCGAAACAGUAACACAGACCACAACCCUCGACCGCGUUGAGAAGAAAAUGGGGGGGAGGGGACCGAGCGUGUUGGUGUGGAUGGACAAGACGAUAAAGAAUAGUGCGGGUGUGUGUGUUACUGAAAAGAGAUCAUUGGUCUACCUUCCCAAACUGGAUACGAAUCCCGAGCGGAGAGCAGUGGAGAUCAAAACCAUCCCGGACUUUUCGCGCACAUUCACACCGACCCCCGUCACCCUCUUCCGGUACUCGGCGGUCACCUUCAACUCGCACCUCAUACACUACGACGACAGAUUUGCGAGGGAGGUGGAGGGGUAUCCGGCGUGUCUUGUGCACGGCCCGUUGACUGCGACACUGCUCCUUGAUCUGCUGGAGAAGUGCAAACCUGAAGGCAUGGUGGUGAGGGAGUUUGGGUAUAGGGCGCUGGCGCCGUUGUUUGUGGGGGAGGAGGUGCGGUUGUGUGGGAAGAGGACGGAACGGACGGAACGGAGUGAUGACGGGGAGGAUGGGGAAGUACAGUAUGAAUUGUGGGCUGUGAGUGAGAGGAGUGGGUUGGCGAUGAAGGGGACGGCUGUUGUUGUGCGGGAUCCGUUGAGGAAGUAGAGGAGAGUGGAGGGAGGGUCCCUUCGAUCUUUAUGGUGGACUACAUAUCAUGCAUUGUUACGUAGAUUUGUUGGACGCUUCUUUUGUAUAUCACGCAGCAUAUCCAAUCCAUAGGGCACCGUAGAGAGUUCACUCCCCAUCAUGUUCAACCAGCUCCCUCUGGUAUGCCUGUGUUUGUGAAAGCCGGAAGGAAAACCUCCCUGUGUGGUGCGAAUGGAUGUGCGA